AUCAGCUGUCGAGCAUUCAUUCAUCACCCUACUCUGAACAACCCCUUCUGGCUUCACUGAACAACACUCCGUAUGACGUUUUUAGACGGAGCAUGAAAUGGGUUGAAAUGAAAAUAACUGCACUGUGAAUAGCAAAGUAAAUCGGUUUAAGUUUUUUUUUGAGUAUCUUCUAAUCAUUACUUUGAUAAUAUUAAUUAAACUAUAAUACUCAUUUAUAUACAUAUUUUCUGUCUGCAAAAUAUAUUAUGAUUGAGAUACUAUUUUGUUUCAUUCAAUGUUUGAAUGUGUGUACAAGUAUGUACAUAAUUAAAAGUCAACAUCACUAACAGCUGUUAUAACGGGUACUGGAGGAAAACUUCAUUGACGUUGCAUUUCUUAACUACUACUACCAUUAUUAGUUUUAUAUUUUUUAAAGUAAAAGUAUAUCGUUAAUAAUGAUUACCUCUACUGAAGAUGCCCAAAAUGAGGAUAGAAUACAAAAACGUGUAAAUAAAAUACUUGAAACAAGGUUGGAAACCGAUAAAGAUACCUUGGAUGCUUUGAGUAAUCUCUCAAAUUUCUUCCUUGAAAACACUCUACAAAAUAGGCGAAAUCUUCGCAGUGAAAUCGAGCGUCGCACUGUUGGUAUAAAUGAGAGUUUUCUCCAAGCUUUUCGGGAAGUAAAACAUACCCUUGACACAGUAUGCGAAGACUUAGACGCUAUGGCAAAAUCCGUGCAGACUAUGAAAUACAAUUUGGAAUCUUCUAAAGCGUUAACACAUGACUUGAUAAGCCAAACGAAUUCGUUGCAAACUGAACGUGAACAUCUACAAGUGGACCAACAAAUAGCAGAAGCUUUUCUAGCGCGCUUCCAACUAACUGUGCCAGAACAUCAAAUUUUAUAUGGCACCACAAAAGACGCACAAAUCGUUCCUGAAUUUUUCACUGUCCUUAAUCGCGUACAAAGCAUUCAUGCCGAUUGCCGCGUACUAAUGCAAUGUGGCUAUCAAACGGCUGCUUUAGAAAUUAUGGAAGAGAUGACGUUACAUCAAGAGGGCGCCUUUGAACGACUAUAUCGAUGGACACAGAAUCACUGUCGAAACUUGGAAAAUAAUGAGAUCGGCUCUUUGGUCGUUGAGGCAAUGAGCAGACUUCAAGAUCGACCAGUUCUUUUCAAGUAUGUUGUUGAUGAAUACGCUAUUGUUCGGCGGGCCGUGCUGGUUCGACUCUUUAUCGAAGCUUUGACCGAAGGUGGCGCCAAUGGUAGUCUAAAGCCUAUUGAAUUACAUGCCCAUGAUCCCAAACGUUAUAUAGGCGACAUGUUUGCCUGGUUGCACCAAGCGAUACCGAAUGAGAAAGAAAACUUAUCGAUGCUCAUAAAAAAGUGUGAUAAAAAUGAUUUGUCGGAGCAAACACAGACCGCACUAGCCUACAUAGCCGAUGGAGUUUGUCACCCCUUGAAAGUGCGUGUAGAAACAAUACUGACAUCAGAAAAGGACACCAUCGUUUUGUUUGCUAUUUCCAACCUGCUACGAUUUUACCAGCAAAUUAUUAAACAGGUCGUUAAAGGUGGAACACUCGAGCAAACGCUAAUUGAUUUGCAAAAGUCUAGUGAAGAGAUAUAUUUGAAUUCUCUCUCCAAUCAAGUGCGUAGCAUUUUGCAAAGACCAGCAAGUGCCAACUUAGGCAUUGAACCACCGCAGCGAGAUUUGAUACCACCAAUGAGUGUGGGACGCCUACUAAAUAUGCUCAAAGAAAUACUAUCGGUGGCAACGAUGGUUGACGGUCGGCAAACUGAUAUUACGAAGAUCGUAUCCUGCGUUAUCGAUCCUUUAUUGCAGUCCGUGCAAGAGUCUGCCUCACACUUACCCACAAUCGACAUGGCAGUAUACCUAUUAAAUUGUCUCUAUCACAUGCAAAGUUCGCUCGCAGUUUAUGAAUACAUGGACGAGCGUGUAGAGCGUCUACAGGCACAAUCAGAUGCUCAAAUUGACACACUAAUUUCGGAACAAGCAUCAUCUCUGGUAGCCAAUUUAAAUUUGGGGCCCAUUUACACCAUACUACAGAAUAACCACACCAAGAUUGAGGCAAAUCUUUUAAAAAUAUUCAUGAAUAAAAUGGAUGCCUUCUUGGAAAUGCCAGAGAUGCUGCUUCUGCCACAAGUGCAGUUGCUAAUGUCCAGCGCGCAUCGCAAUGCAGUCCGAAAGCGAGCAUUCAGUGUAAUCGUUGCCAUAUACAAGCAAAUCUACGACCGCGUUCAUGAUCCAGCCAAUGGGUUUGAACACCCAGAUGCUGUUUUUAGUAAAACUCCCGAUCAGGUUGGUAAGAUAUUGGCUGUUUAGUGUAUUCCUGCCGUACCGCAUCAUUAUUAAGUAUUUUUAACGCUUUAACAAUAUUAAUAUAAAAUAUCUACUACAUAUUUGUGAAUGCAGAGUUUUACUGAAUAUAACGGCUUAAUCUCUCUAUUUUUACUUUGAUUUUGCAAUUAUUCAAAGUAAAUCACAGAUUCAUAUACGUGCACCCAUGCAUAAGUAAAAACAUACAAAUGUAGAUUAGUUAUACUCAUUCACGUACGUACAUAUGUAUAUAAAAACAAAUACGUAUGUAAAUCGAUUGUAAGUGGCACACGCCUUCAUGUCGGUCGCCUAAGAUUGAGUAAACUUAAUUUUUUUUUUUU